AUGGUGUCUGAAAGAGCUAAGCUUCACACAGCCUUAACUUUUUUACAAUUCUGUCAUGCAGGAAAUCAUAUAUUUCUCAGAAUUGCACUCAAUACUGGUGUCAGCAAGCUUGUUUUUCCUGUUUAUAGAAACAUCACUGCUUUCAUUCUUCUAGCUCCACUUGCAUAUUUCACUGAAAAGAAAGAUAGGCCACCAAUAACCAGUUAUUGUUUGUUACAGUUUUUCCUACUUGGACUUGUUGGAAUAACUAUGAAAGAAGGAUUUUACCUUGUUGGUUUGGACAAUACAUCGCCAACAUUUGCUUCUGCUAUGCAAAAUUCUGUUCCCGCCCUUACAUUUCUGAUGGCUGUGAUUCUAAGAUAUGAGAGCUUGCGCUUAAAUAGGAUCAAUGGUAUAGCUAAGGUUCUUGGAGUAGUUGCUUCUGUUGGAGGAUUUCAAUGGGAAAAACUUGAGCUUGGGUGGCAUAUUUCUCUUUGGUCACUGUUUGAGUUGUUUGGAACAAUAGCAGCAUUUCUUGAGAAGGAUCCCAAAGCUUGGCAGCUCAAUUCCAUUGACGAAGCUUAUAGUAUUUUAUACUCGGGAGUGGUGAUUUCAGGUGUGGCAGCAGCAAUACAAAUAUGGACUAUUAGCAAAGGAGGGCCAGUGCUUGCUUCAAUUUAUCUUCCCUUACAGACAUUACUUGUAGCUUUGAUAGCAUCCAUUGCUUUUGGUGAAGAAUUUUUCUUGGGAGGGAUCGUUGGAGCUAUCUUAAUUAUAACCGGUUUAUACCUUGUUGUAUGGGGAAGAAGUCAAGAAACCAAGUCUGAUGAGCCUGAGAAUCGUAUGGAAGAAAAAAUUGAUAAUUCUUACCUCAUCCAACCAUUGAUUUCUGUGCACAACUCUUAG